AUGAUUGUAAAAAAACAAAAAAGAGGAUACGAAGAAUUGCACGAAAAUAUUAAUAACGACGCGGAGGCGCAAACGUUGAAAUCACAUAGAACGGUAGAUCCCUUCUCUCUCAUCUCUCUCUCUCUCUCUCUCUCAUUUGAUAUUCUUCCCCAAUUCUUCAACCCAAUCCCUCUCUCCCGUCUUCUUCUCCUUCUUCAAUCAUAUAUCGUCGUAUCAUUAUAUAUCACCGGUUCUGAUAUUAAACAGAGUGAAAGCGUAAGUUGGAGUUCAAGGGACGGAGGGGAAAACAAGGAGAGAAGUUGUUUGAGGUAUCCCAGAAAAUUUUGGUUCAAACAAACAACCGUUGCUUCAUUAGGUGACAUUCUAGUAUUGGAGAGAGCCAGAAUCAUGGUGAUUAUUUAUUGUUGA